GCUGUUCUGGCGGCCCGAGAGCCCGAACUCCCUCAACGGUCCCCUCCCGGCCCACUCUCGUCCCUAAAUGCUCUCAUAUCCUAUUCCCAGCCCCGUCCAUCGGUCUGCAGUGCUGCAGGAAUGGCAGACUUUGGGAUCUCAGUGGGCCAGUUCGUGGCAGUCAUCUGGGAUAAGUCCUGCCCCGCGGAGGCUCUGAAAGACCUGGUGGAUAAGCUUCAGGCGUUGACUGGCGAUGAGGGCCACGUGUCUAUGGAAAACAUCAACCAGCUGUUGCAGUCUGCCCACAAAGAGUCGAGCUUUGACAUCGUUUUGUCGGGGGUAAUUCCUGGAAGCAGCAUUGUGCACAGCGCUGAGAUUUUGGCUGAGGUGGCCCGGAUCCUUCGGCCCGGGGGAUGUCUUUUUCUGAAAGAGCCAGUAGAGACAGCUGUGGUUAACAACAGCAAGGUGAGGACGGCAUCCAAGCUGUGCUCGGCCCUGACUCUGUCUGGUCUGGUGGAAGUAAAAGAGCUGCAGCGGGAGUCCUUAAGUCCUGAGGAGAUGCAGUCUGUCCAGGAGCACCUGGGGUACCACAGUGACAGCUUGCUCUCUGUGCAGAUCACAGGCAAAAAACCCAACUUUGAAGUGGGUUCUUCUAGUCAACUUAAGCUUUCUAUUGCCAAGAAGUCUUCUCCUUCAGGGAAGCCUGCUGUGGACCCUGCAGCUGCGAAGCUCUGGACCCUCUCAGCCAACGACAUGGAGGAUGACAGCGUGGAGCUCAUUGACUCGGAUGACCUGCUGGACCCGGAAGAUUUGAAGAAGCCGGAUCCAGCUUCCCUGCGGGCUGCCUCCUGUGGGGAAGGGAAGAAGAGGACGGCCUGCAGGAACUGCACUUGUGGCCUUGCAGAAGAACUGGAAAAAGAGAAGUCAAGGGGACAGAUGAGCUCCCAACCCAAGUCAGCUUGUGGAAACUGCUACCUGGGUGAUGCUUUCCGCUGUGCCAGCUGCCCCUACCUUGGGAUGCCAGCCUUCAAACCUGGAGAGAAGGUGCUCCUGAGUGAUAGCAAUCUCAACGAUGCCUGAGAGAGACCCGACGGGACACAUCUGCUCGUCCGGCUGGCUCCUGUCCCUCCAGUCCCACCACUGUGGUUCCUCCUGCAUCCUCUGGAUUCGCUCACUCUCUCUGAAAUCCGUUUGCCAGAGGGUGCUUACAGACAGAGUGACACUGGCCGUGGGGGCAGUGGUGUGCGAUGCUGCUAUGUAUCAGAGACAGGGUGUCACGGGGCCUGGCUACCCUGUGUGGGGGGACCUGUUUCUUCAACUAGUAUUAGGGACAGAGAGCACCCUGAGGAGGCCCGUUCCCGAUGUCGGAUGCUGAGCACAGCGCUCUCUGAGCCCCGACACCCCUGAGCGCUGGCGCUCUGACGGGGAGCCCCACCCCGUGCCCAGCUCAGCAGUAGAGCCGCUGCCGGUCCUCCAGGCUGGUGGUUUCCUCAGUGUGCGGUUCCUGGUGCCGUGAGUCAGGCGUCUCAUGACUCCUCAGGGACCAAAGGAAUCAUUCCUUGGUCGCUGUGAUCAUAUGCAGUGUCCCACCCCCACCCCCUUGCACUGUGUUGUAUCUGUGUCCUGUUGUCAUUUCUGUUCAUUUGCAGUUAUUAAACUCGUGUACUUCUGCAUGUCAGUUGUGAAGAGGGGAUGUGUGUGUGUGUGUGACGCCGACACGGUCAUCCAAGCUCAACUUGGGCCACACAACUUCUGGAGAGACUGAGUCCCACACAGAUGGGGCCAGUCCUCCACUUAGGAUCCGGGCCUCUCUCCAUCUACCUUACAAGAGUCCGGAUUGGUGAGAAUUCAGAGGGAAGCAGGACAGAAAUCCGAAGCAACAAUAAAUCUCUCCGAGCAGGAGACCCUUCCUUCUCGUUGCUGCCCACCCACACAGACUUGGAAUGGAGCUUGCCAAAUAGUUGGAGAGAUUGGGCUUAAGAGACCUAGAUUUUUAUGUUUUACCAAUAAAUAAAAGUGUUCACUGGUAUCCGUCCUUGAAA